AUGAAUAAUGUUGCUAUAGCACAAUUAAUUGGAGAAUCAAGUACUUUCAUAUGCACAGAGUGUGGUGAUGGAUUCAGUCAGUACUCAAAUUUGUUGAUCCAUAUGGCCGUUCAUGGACCUUUGGAGUCAUUUUCCUUUGAUGGAUCAUCCUAUGGAUUUGAAAUUCCUCGAGAAUAUGUACUUCAAGAAAACGGUACACUGACCGCUAUAAGUUGUUUGCCACAGUCCCAUUCUUUAAAUUCCCCUGUGAAACCAGUAUCUCCUGGAGUAUUGCCUUCACAUUUACCAUCACCUGUUAAACCAGUGUCUCCAAAUUUGAGGUCACAGCUCUCUUCACACAAAGACACAUUCAAGCCCAAGCCAUCUGAUUUGAAUCUGGACAAGUCUCAGCAGCGCCAUUGUCGCUGUGAAAUAUGUAACAGGUCUUUUAACAGCCUGCAGAGUUUACAUUACCACCAGCAGUAUCGAAACACAGGGAGAGGCUACAAGUGCACUUUGUGCUGCAAGAUCUUUGAAGAUCAACAUGACUUCAAGAAACAUCUUCAGAACCACAUCCAUGAACAAUUUAACUACUGCGAUCAUUGUGGUAAGAGAUUUCUUAAAAUGGAUGCGCUGAAUGCUCAUCAUAAAGAAAAGCACCCCUUGCCCAAAGCUUUGAGAGAGAACAAAGAGGAAAAAAGGUUGGAAAAAGCAUAUAACUGUAAGAAAUGCAUGCUGAGUUUCUUCUGGAUAUCAGAUUUUCAGAUACACUCCAUAUAUUACUGCAAAGGCCAAGAGCUUGAUUCCGUUUUUUCAUCUGACAUAGACAUGGAAGUGGAUUCUAAGGAUCCUGAAGACGGGCAUCUUGUAAACUGCCAAAGCAAUGGCACAUCUGAUGUAAAGAAUGGAGAUAGUAAAGUCUCAAAGCACACCAACAGUGAGAGCGAUUUGAAGCCCACACCAUACAGAUGUGGUUUAUGUGGGGAUCGUUUUGAGAAGUUAUCAGACCUAAAGGAACAUCAUCUCACACAUCAAACACAGGAAGAAAUAGAUAAGCUUAAUCAGGAAUCACAAAAUAUCUUCAAGCGAAGAAUCUUAUCUAAAAGCAGAAAAAGAAGAGAUCAAAAUGGAAAACUACAUCCUUGCAAGCACUGCUGUCGUGUCUUUAAUCAUUCUAGUAGUUUAUCUCGGCACAUGAGAUAUCAUAAAGGUACCAUGCACAAUUGUACAUUUUGUGGUAGACUUUUUCCUCAGCGUUGUGACUUGAGAAGACAUGUCGCUAUGUAUCACAAAGCUGAAUUAGAAAAGAAACCAGCAUUGAAACACUUUUAUGCUAAUCCACAAAAUGGGCCUUCGUCCAAUUCUGGUGAUGUUGAGAAAAGCACAGACACUCCUGAUGAGAACACGAAGGGCUCCUCUAACAAUGAACUGAUAUCAACAGAGAGAAGUCCAAAAGAUAAACAAUCAGGAAAAGCAGUCCGAGGUAACUACAAGUGUCAUGAGUGUGGAAAGAAAUUUGGGCUUUUGUGUGUAUACCAGCGACACUUGCGCUAUCACAAGAAAGAACCCAAUAAAUGUCCCCAUUGUCCAUCUCUGUUUAAGAACGCAUCGUCCCUUGAGCUUCAUCUUCGAAUUCACCCGAUAAUUGAAAAAGCAGAUGAUGACAUUGGACAAACAUCUCAUGACACUGGAACAGAUUCUGACAAGCCCCUUAAAAAGGAUAAUGCAGAAGACAUGGAGGACACCUAUAUGGACCAAAAACAAACUGAUAAAGGAAAUUCCACAGAAGCUUUUUACAAAUGCACUGAGUGCACAGACACAUUCUCAUGCUUGGACACAUUUCUUCAGCACCAAACAUCUCAUGAUUCAAAAACAACUGCUAAGGAAUGAAAAUCCAGAAAGCAUGGGUGGAGAGUGCUUUUUUUUUUUUUUU